UAAUGUGCCAGUGCAUCUCGGAGUGCAGUGCGGUUCGGUACUUACAUCGUCGUGGCUCCAGAGAGCGACCGGUCGCAAAUCCGGAAGUGGUGUUCUGGAAUAUAACUCCGGCCGGGCACAGAACGCGAAGGAUUCCAGCGACGAAGGUUGACGUUGAGGUUGCAAAGUGGAUGGAAAAAUAGCCGGUGCCAAUCCACCAGCUAGUAGUGUGUUUGGUGAAAAAUAAUAGCAAGACCUAACGAGCAAAGUGCCAUGUCGUUUGUCCUGCUGCAGUGAAGUGAACGAGAAAUAUGUGAGCGGUAAAAUGUUGACACACACGUGUUGAAGUGUGUUCGAAUGCUGGGGUAGGUGCUAACUAAGCCAAAGCUAGAGCAGAUGCAGCAACAGCAAGUCCAUCAGUAACGUGCAGUGGGGGCUUUGCGCCAGUAUUAGAAGAGUGAUCAUCAUUUUCCGCGCCCGGAUGAAAGACUAGCUGCCUGCCAGCCAUGGAUGGAUGUGAUGUGAUUUGUCUGGAUUCGGACGAGGAAGGUGAAAAUGUACGACCGGCCUCCAGUAAACGGCAUCCAACGAAGAAGAUGAUGGCCAACGCUCGUGGUGCUCGAGGUGGUACAACCGCGGUCUUCCGAAACCGAAUCCCUGCCCUGCUGGAACCACCGACUUCGAUGGCAGUUACUCCCGAUUUGGCCAUCGAGGAGCAGCUCUUACGACCCCUACAGGAGCUGUCCCUAAAGUUGUACUUUGAAUGUGAUUCUUUUCCCGGUUGCAUCCGAACUGGUUCUGGAGCUGGCUUGAAACGUCAGAACACCACGACGGGCAUCGAAGGCAACGGAUCGGCAGCGGCUGCGGCCGCUCUGGAUUUGGACCGCUGUACGGCCGUAGUGAAAAAGGUAGCGGAACUGGUGCAGCGGUUCGGUAAACGGAAGUUUUCCAAUGGGGUUCACGACGUGGCCCAGCAACGGGACGCCUGGAAUCAGGUUCUGAAAUUUUUAUUUCUGCUCCGGGCGAUUGGAAGUGGUUCUAUUAUUUAUGAGACCCAUCCUCCCGGAAAGGACUUACCCGUGGCGGCGGCAGCGGUUGACAAAAUACGAUCUGGACCGUCCUGGCAGCACUGCCAUCCCCCGGCGGAGCUGCGGCGCUAUCGGAUGGCAGUGAUGGAUGUCCUGGUAGGCUACAUCCGGUACAAAUGCUCGACCCUGGCCGGCGAGCGGAAUCCCUCGGUGCUGCUGGACGAGUGCAACCAGAUCGUCAGUACCUUGCAUAUCAUUUUUAACGGCGACCGGGAGUUUGUCACGCUGACGCUGCUCAAGAUGGAUCUGCAGGCAGGAAGCAGUGCGGUAGCUCUAAUGUAUCCGGUGUUUGAACAAAUCCUUACAACGAAUCAGCAACAGCAGCAGAGGAUGAAACAGGAAAUUGCUGCUACGACGGACGAUGAAGACACCGUCGGCGGACAGCAACUGGAUCUUCAAGGCUACGUCCGGCUGCUGCUGUGCUACAAGAAAUGGAAAGCAAUGGUUCCGGCACGGCGCGAUAAGGAUACUAUCAAUGCGCUGGCGGUGAAGGUGCUUCCGACGCGAUGUCCCCCGGUGCGUACCCGGCAGGAUUUGCCCUUUGCCCAGAUGCUGCCCCGCAUCAGCGCCUCCAGCCGCAGCCAGGACGAGGAAACGCGAUUUCUGCUCGGCAAGGACCUGAUGGAAAUCGAACAGCUCUGUGCCAUCUACUUCCGGGAGUACGAGAAACGGUUCUUCCGGUGCGGUUCGCCCAAAUUGUCCACAUUGGAAAUCAAAAGCAAUUACAUCAACAUCGAUGCACUGGCCGAGUUUAUUCAGCGAAAAUGUAAUCUGCUGAAAGGCAUUAUCCAUCGGACAGAUUUUCUGACGGCCAACAUGAAAUCGGAGCCAACAACACCCGGAGCCGGUCACCAGCAGCAACAGCAGACCCAAUCGUUCGUCCAUCGCGGUUUUGGAGCACUUCCGGUUUCCACAAGUCAGCCCCAGCAUCCGCCUCAUCCCAGCGGCCAAAACCAGAAAAAUAAAAACAACAACAACCCAAACCGAACCGAGCUGCAAUUGCUGCACGAAGCCAACGCCAUCAUCAGCAGCCUGCGAUUGAUAUUCCGCCGGGAUGAGGAAUUUAUCGCAUUGACCUUGCUCAGCGUCCGCACGUGCCCGGAAUUUCAGCCGAUUCUGGGUCCGGUUUUCGAGCGCUUCUUCGGCCAGGGACAUCCGGCAAACGCUGGCUCGGGUGUCAACACAAACACUGUUGAGUCCUAUGGCCGCAUGUUGCUGUGCUACGUCAAGUGGAAGCAACUGUACAGGGCUGACAGUGCCGGCCGAAGAAGGUGGGAGCAGAUCGAUCGGCUGGCGCUGGCAACACUGCCGUACGAUUUUCCGCGGGCCUUCAAACGGCGGGAACUAGCGUUGAGGGCACUUUUUCCGAAGGUGCUCUCGAACGAAGCGGUGGCCAAUUUUGGAACUGGGCCGGCCGCUAGGAAGCAAACCGGAACAACCGGCGGAAGAUACCAGAAGCAUAGUGUUACCAUCUCCCUACUAAACUCCAGGCACGUAUGGGCAAACAUUCAGGAAAUGUGUUUGCAAUUCCUGGCCAUUUGCCGCGAUGGACGAAUUUCCCGGCACGGCAAAGCACCCCCAAUGACUUACCACCCACCGCAAAGCAGCACACCUGAGGACGACGAAGUGCAAAUCAUCAAAACCGAUUCCAACUCGCCGGUCAUCGUCCUGGACAGUGAUGCCGAUGAUGACAAAAGUCACGUGAACCGUGAUGAUGAUGACUACGACAACGAUGAUGGCAGCAGCUACGAUGAUCCCGAGAAGGAAAACCAAUCGGUUACAUCCGUUUGUACUGAUACGGAAAUGAGAAACGAUCCGAAAUUGAAAACAACUACCCAUUGUCACCUGUUCAAUCGAACGACGCCACACACAUUGGAUGGAAACUAUUGUCCAGCUGACCACCAUUCAACAACGCUCAUGGGAACGGUUUUCAACACUCCACCCCCAACACCGCAGCGAGACGAUUGUUUGAACGAACUUCAGCCCAGCACCACCACCGCAAUGGUGGCCAACAUACCUUUAGCAGCCCCGACGUUGCCAACGUUGAGCUCCAAGUUCAAAAGAAAGCCCCGGCAUAAACCCCUCCCCAGCUUCAAACUGUCCCACACCUCCAUCCGGAUUAGCAGCAGCCAAGGAAAGCGAGACUUCCUGUCAGCCUUCCGAAGGUUGGUUUCCAAAGAGAAUUUCCAAAUCAAUCUGCGCUCCGAACGAAAUGAUUACUGCCUAAUGAAACGUUCCAUCAAUUCGACCCUGGUCGUGCAAAUCAUUUCGGCAAACGAUUUUCAUCCCCUGUCCGGAUUCCUGACACCACCUCUCGUCACCGGAAAUGAGCAGAUUUUCGCCAAUCGCUCUUUCACUGCAACUCCGUCCAUCAUUAGCCUAGAAGAACCCAUCCUACAGACAAUCCCCCGGGGAGGAACUGAAGCAACCAACGAAUCGCAACGAUCCCGAGAUGAGCAGCUGCGUUCGCUGAUGAGCGUCGAACUUGACGACGACUUCCCGAUGGCUAGUCCGGCCGUCGUUGAUUUCGCCAUCUUCCCGGAAGUUGACCUUCCUUCGGCGGCCCUGACUGACCAGCAGCAGCACCAGGCAGCAUCCUGUUCUUCGAUGGAGCAACUGACCAAUGACCAAAUGCCCCCGUCGGCGAUGGUGGCCGAGAGUAGUCUCUGGAGCAGCGACGACGACGUGUUCUCCAUCUUUGCCAAUCUCGAUUACAAUCCUUGGACUGAGGAGGAGCAUCAGCAUCAUGGGGUGGCACCGUUUUAGGGCGCGUUUUUUGGUGCAAAGUUUAAUGUCAGAAACAUUCAAUUAGUUGAUUGAUAUGAGAGGUUGAUUUUUUCACAAGUGAUAUGUUAUUGUUUGCGAAAAGGAUAAUUAG